GCCGAGUGCAUGUGAAGCCCCGCCCAGCUGCCCUCCUACACCUCAGCCCCGCCCUGCUGCCCUCCUACACCUCAGCCCCACAGGGCUGUCCAGUAUGGAUCUCUUUGGACGAAUCUUCAACACUGUGAGUGCAGUUACCAACCUUUUCUCAAACCCAUACAAAGUGCGUGAAGUACCACUGUCAGAAUAUGGGAACUGCUCCUGUAUUCAAGAAGAUGGGAGAGUGCUCUUGUACAGAAAUCGAACUGCAAAAUCCUUGGACUGUGUGCUUGUGAACCCAAUUUCUCCACAAAAUGCCUACCGUCUUUUCCAGUUGGAUUCUGAGCAUGAGGCUCUUCUCCGGUUUCAAGAAUAUGCAGUGAAGCUGCGCCCAUUCUAUGAGAGUUCCAGAAAGGGACUUCGUUUGGAAACUAUCCAGCAGCUAACAGACUGCAUACGGAGCCACCCAAAUUGGUCAUUAGCACAUGUGGCAGUGGAUAUUGGUUUGCGGGAGAGUUUUAAGCACAAUGGAAUUCUGAGGAGUUUAAACAGUACAGACUGUGAUGGAGGGAGCACUCCUUUGCAUUUGGCCUGCAAAAAGGGGGACAUUGAGUGUCUUCAGGAGCUGGUAGAGGAGUGCCAAGCUCGGCAGGAUAUUGCUGACCAAAAUGGAGAGACUGUUUACCAUCACGCAGCACAACAAAACAAUCCUAGAGUCAUAGAGAUCCUGUGCUCUGUGCCAUCUGUGGGUAUAAACCACCAAAGCAACAACAAUGAGGCCCCUUUGCAUGUGGCCUGUCGUAUGGGGAAGACUGAGUCGGUGCUGGCUUUGCUUCGUUGUCAGGCUCGCUGUGACAUCAUUGGGAAGGAUGGAUACCCUAUCCACACCGCAAUGAAGUACUCACAAAAUGGGUGUGCAGAAGCCAUACUGGAUGUGUCUGCUAAUCAGUUACAUGCAGAAGAUCCUAGGUAUCAAGCAACUCCAAUACACUGGGCAAAAAACGCAGAGAUGGCGCGGCUUCUAAUUCAACGUGGCUGCAAAGUAAAUACUCGCAGUAAAACUUCAGACACGCCACUUCAUAUCAUGGUAAAGAGAGACCGGUUUGAAGCUGCUAUGGUGCUUCUGACCAACGGUGCAGAUCCUAAUGCCAAAGGGGAGCAUGGGAACACUCCCUUGCACCUUGCUAUGAAGAAGGACCAUCUGGAGCUCAUUAAAGCCCUCAUGGUUUUCGGGGCAGAUGUGGAACAGCACAAUGAUUUUGGGGAAACACCAGGGCUCAUUGCAGCCAGAUCAAGCAAAGGGAACAACCGAAAAGUGCUACUCAGCAUGCUUUGUAACGUAGGAGCAGAGCGCUGUUUACCCCCUGACACCCAGCUUCUGCCAACCGCUACCUCCCCCUCCAGCGUGCCCCCUUCGGACAGAUCUAGUGGCAUAGGUUUCCAUGACCUUGUCUAUGUUUCCACUGCCUUGAGUGGCAUGCUGGUACCACAAGAUACCGUGGACUUCAGAGAAGAUGGCUUGCGAGUGAAAGACCGUCUCUUGUGUUUGGAUGGAGGAGGGAUUCGAGGGCUAGUUUUGAUUCAGCUACUGAUUGCUAUAGAGAAAGCUGCAGGGCGUCCCAUCAGGGAGUUGUUUGACUGGGUUUCUGGAACCAGCACUGGUGGUAUACUUGCACUGGCUAUUGUGCAUGGAAUGCCCAUGGAAUAUGUCCGGUGUUUGUACUUCCGUAUGAAGAAUGAGGUUUUCCAUGGAUCCCGUCCAUAUGAGUCUGGCCCUCUGGAAGAGUUUCUGAAGAGAGAGUUUGGGGAGAACACAAAAAUGUCAGAUGUCAGGAACCCCAAGGUAAUUGUGACAGGGACACUGUCAGACAGGCAUCCAGCUGAACUGCACCUCUUCAGAAAUUAUGAUCCCCCUGAAACUGAUCAUGAGCCUCCUUACAAGAGUGUUGCUUCCUUCCGCCCUGUAACAGCGCCAGCAGAACAGUUAGUGUGGCGUGCGGCCCGCUCAAGUGGCGCUGCCCCUACUUACCUUCGACCAAUGGGCCGUUUCCUGGAUGGUGGACUUCUGUCUAAUAAUCCCACACUGGAUGCAAUGACGGAGAUGCAUCAAUACAACAACUGCUUGAAAAAAAAGGGAAUGGCUGGGCAAGUAAAGAAACUUGGAAUUGUGGUUUCGCUGGGUACUGGGAAACCCCCUCAAAUCUCUGUGAGCUCUGUGGAUGUUUUUAGACCCUCUAAUCCAUGGGAAAUGAUGAAAACCGUGGUUGGUGCAAGAGAACUUGGAAAAAUGGUGGUGGACUGUUGCACAGACUCUGAUGGUCCAGCAGUUUCCAGAGCCCGAGCUUGGUGUGAAAUGAUAGAUGUUCCUUACUUCAGACUGAGCCCUCAGCUCCAAACAGACGUCAUGCUUGAUGAGGUUAAUGAUGCAGUGCUGGUGAACAUGCUCUGGGACACUCAGAUCUACAUCUACCAGCAAAGGGAGGUCCUGCAGCGCCUGGCAAAGAUACUUCUGGAACCUUGAGCCCUCUGGGCAUGAAGUAAUGAAGGAAGAACCAUGAACAGGCCCAAUGACCAGUUUUUAGUAGCACACAUCAGUUACUGCAAAGGGCCAUUCUGAUCAAACUGGAAGAAUAUUUUCUCUAUACACCUUUAAUACAGUUUCUUGGGAUAUUUAUAUUCUUCUAGAGAA